UGCAUAUUUGAUGUUCAAGAAGGCGUUUGACAUGGCGGGCACCUUUAGGCUCUCUCGAUCUUCAUCGAUCGCCCUGUUUAGUUUUAAGGGAACACGACUAAGUAAAAGCGUCUGGAAUAAGACGCCGAAACACUGGAUUUUCGUUUCUUCGCUAAGUAGGAGCGAUAAUGUUUCUGUGGGGUUUAAAAGUGGUUUUCCAGUCAUUUCAUUUCCUUUACCAUCAAGGAGAGAACAGUGUGAAUUUGUUCUACGCCCACUGACUCACACUGUUAAAGACCUCCUGGAAAACAUACAACAAGAAGACAAGGGAAUUGAAAGAGCAAUGGUUUACAAUGUUGAUGGCUCUAGAAUUUCUGGGAGCACAGGGGUUGAUGUGUUACUGCAGUCUGAUUUUAAAGUGGUUUUGAAUGACAACUCAUAUUUUGUAUCAGUACCAGAUGAAACCAAGCCUCCUAUUGAUGACUUCAAAACAGUUGCACAUGUUAAAACCUUGGUUCACCAGUUGUACAGUGCUAUGAAUAUAGAACAACAUCAGCUGGAAAAAGAACGUUUUCUGAUGGCAGAGCUAGAAAAACUUCAACUAGAAAUCAAGCCAAUGGAAGAUCUUAAAGCCGAAAUCGACCGCAAAUCAGCGCAACGAACCAAUUUUGCCGUGUGGGGUGGGCUGGGAUACAUGGCAUUCCAGUUUGGUCUGUUGGCGAGGCUGACUUGGUGGGAGUACUCCUGGGAUAUUAUGGAACCUGUCACGUAUUUUGUGGGAUAUGGAACUGCCAUGGCUUGCUACGCUUACUUUGUGCUGACGAGACAGGAAUUCCUUUACCCCGAUGCCAGAGAUAGGCAGUUUUUACUGUUUUUCCACAAGCUUUCGAAGAGAAAAGUAUUUGACAUUAGGAGAUACAAUGAGAUUAAAGAUGCUAUACUAAAAAUUGAAGGAGAUUUACAAGUUCUGCGCAGUCCGUUGUUCCUACAUUUGCCUGAAAAUGCUCGAAUGGAGCUGUUUGAGAAAAUUUCUCAGAAGGAAGGUGAAAAAUAACUUUGAGAUAGAUAAUAUUCCUUCUAAAACCCGAAAUGAGCUGUAAUUUCUUUUUUUUUUCUUUUGUAACCUUUUAAGGAUUGUAGUAAAAUAAUAUAAAAUAAUAUAAUGGAGGGAGUAGAUUCAUUAGAUAAGGCACUUGUAUAUAGCGAAAUAAAUGAUAAACUCCUCAAGUUGACGCCCAUCA